AGGAACUCCAACAGCAAGAACGACCGCAGGAACCGCAAGUUCAAGGAGGCUGAGAGGCUCUUCAGCAAGUCCUCCGUCACCUCGGCAGCGGCUGUCAGUGCGUUAGCUGGAGUCCAGGACCAGCUCAUUGAGAAGCGGGAGCCAGGCAGUGGCACGGAGAGCGACACUUCCCCAGACUUCCACAACCAGGAGAACGAGCCCAGCCAGGAGGAUGCUGAGGAGCUGGAUGGGUCUGUGCAGGGGGUGAAGCCCCAGAAAGCUGCUUCCUCCACCUCCUCUGGGAGCCACCACAGCAGCCACAAAAAGCGAAAGAACAAAAACAGGCACAGCCCGUCUGGCAUGUUUGAUUAUGACUUUGAGAUUGAUCUCAAGUUAAACAAAAAGCCAAGAGCUGACUACUAGAGCCAUCAGUGCUGAUGCUCCUGGGAUUUAGGUCUGUGCCUCCCACUGAGAAGCCCUGAACCAGGAUGGCAGCUGGAGUGACUCGCCCUGAGGGACUGGGAUGGGGGAGGAAAUCAUGGACCAUGUACUUUGCAUCAUUGUUAAAUCACCUGAGUUGCAGGAAGACGAGGGUGGUGCAGUAGUAGUUGUAGUAGUCCUGAAUUCCUGACUGUUCUGUGCUUCCACCUCGGGAACUUGCUGAAAUGGCUGAUGCUGCUGCCCCUGUCACCUGCAGACACAGAGACGCAUUUCCUUUUCCACUGGAACUGGGGUAGGAUUCAGUGUGUCCCAUCCAUGUUGUGAGACUUAGAUUACUUUUGUUGCUGAUAUUUAGCUUUGUAGGUUUGGUUUAGGUUUUGUUUAUUUCAUCAGUUUUGUUGUGUUUUUUUAAAGCCAAAGUGUAUAGUUACAAGUUGACUUUGGGUUUCUUUGUUUAAUCUGUGUAGUGGAAAGUUCUUCAUUUUGUGGAGCAGCUUGUUUGGUUCUUACUCAAGCAGAGAAGGUGGUUUAGCCCUUUUCUCUCAUUUCAAGCACCAUCUCCAGGACUCUGCAGUGCUUAGGUGUGGGAAGGGCUGAGCUCGGAGCCAGCUCCGUGGGCUUGGGUGGAUCCUCUUUUUAAUACAAACUUCUGUCAUUUGUACAUAAACAAUAAAAGGUCCAUGUUUGUCUCUUCUCAUGGUUUGUUCAGUCCAA